UAUUCAUUGUCAAAUAAUUUUUAGAACUAGGCUAUCUUUGUACUGUCUACACUAUCAGCUUUUUGUUGUAUCAUCUAUAUAAAGGACUGCUGUGAGAAAACGGUUGCAGUGUUUAAAAAUGUGUUCGAUUAAAGCACUAAUCUUUCUAACCCUACUGAGUGUAGCCUUUGGUGUAAGCUAUGAAGGGUACAAAGUCUACAAAGUGACCACCGAAAGCAAACUCCAAAAUGAAUAUUUCAAAGUUUUGCAGUCAAGUCCAGAUUUCGAUUUUUGGUCAAAACUGAACAAGGUUGGACACCCUCUGACGAUAAUGGUGGCACCAAAAGCACAAAAAGGGUUUGAACAUUUCUUGGUGGCAAACAAAAUCAAGUUUGACGUUCUAAUUGACAACGUGGAGCGUACAAUCCAAGCUGAAAAAGAGUACCACCGUUCGAGGUCCACCUCAAAAUCGGGAAGAAUUGCUUUUGAUCAAUAUUAUCGCCAUGAUGAGAUUAACGCAUAUCUGGAACAACUAGCCGCAGAUUACCCCGACAUUGUCACUCUUGAUACUCUUGGCCAGUCCUACGAAAAAAGAGACAUGAAACUUAUUCGCAUUUCUUCGGGUUCUAGCGACCCCCCAAAACCUGUAAUAUUUGUUGAUGCUGGUAUACACGCUAGAGAGUGGAUCGCCCCAGCUGUUGCUCUAUACUUAAUCAAUCAACUGGUUGAAACCAAAGACAACAGCGGUCUUUACGAAGGCGUCAACUGGAUCAUCCUUCCAAGUCUCAACCCAGACGGGUACGAAUACAGCUGGGAUGAAGACCGUCUUUGGAGAAAAACCGUUUCUCCUGGAACUGAGUGUAACGGAUGUGAUGCUAAUCGCAACUUUGGUUUCCACUGGAUGGAGUCUGGGGCCAGUAGUUGGGAGUGUUCGGAGACCUACGCUGGAAAAGAAGCUUUUUCAGAGGUUGAAGCAAGAAACUUGAGGGACUACUUAAACAAAACGGAAAAUAUAGAGGCUUAUUUGACUUUGCAUAGUUAUGGACAAUAUUUGCUGUAUCCUUGGGGGUAUGCGGAUAUUCUUUGCGACAACUGGAAAGAACUCGAUGAUUUGGCGCACGACAUGGAUGACGCGAUUAGCGCUGUGAGUGGCACGAGGUACACCAUUGGUAGUUCCACUGAAACGCUGUAUGCUGCUGCUGGUGCUAGUGAUGACUGGGCAAUGGGUGGCGCUGGUAUUACAAUCGUGUACACAAUGGAGCUUCCAGGAGGGGGAAUCUACGGGUUUGAUCUACCACCAGAGGAAAUUGAAGGAGUCGUGGUGGAAAGUUUCGAAGGUUUGAAAGUUUUUGGUAAUUAUGUUGCAAAGAACAGAAAAUAAAUAAAGAUGUAACACGUAUCCAUAAAAAA